AUGAUAAAACACUUCUGGAAUGGUAGUAUAACGGUAUUUGGGAUUAAGAGGCGAUUUGAACAUCGCAAUGUGAAUGACAAAUACUUUCAUUCAAUCCCCGUCUUAGCCGGUGGACCUGGAACUGGAAAGAGCAGAUUUCUUGAUGAAAUCGAAAGAAUUAAUGGAAGCGCUGCCAAUAGUGUAGAUGUAAGAAUUAGAAAAAUUGAUAAAAUUGAUAAUGAGAAAACACUGUUCUCCGAGUUGUAUAUGUUGGAGCAAGAAACAACUUCUAACCCUCUACUGGCCCAUGGUCCUUGGAAUUGA